AUGCACAAGGUUGACACAUUUGCACACCUCCCUUCCUCACUCCACUUCUACUCUCUCCUCAUUAAUUCUAUGCCAGGGGAAUGCUUGGUGCCCUUGAUGGCUCUCGAAGGCCUGGAGCCUUCAAGAGUUGUCUUGACUCCAUCUGAUGGAGGCACUACAUCAUAUAGCACAACUCAGGGCAUUGAAGACUGCCAGCUUUCCUUGGCUACCCUGGAGUCCAUCUUUUACUUCCUAAAGGAGACUCAGCUGUUCAUGUUACCUGCUGACUCUGUUCACUUUGCCUGUUGGGACACUAAUCAGGAUUCUCUUGCUCGCUUUCUUACUUUCCUGGUUAACACAGCAUUCUCUCCAUUAUCUAUUAAGACUGAUGAGUCUCUUUCAAUUUGCCCUCUGUACAUUCUCUUUGACAUCUAUUAUGCCAGGGGAAUGUUUGGUGCAUCCCCUACCAAGUGCCAGGGGCUUGGUGCCCUUGGCAGCUCUCAAAGGCUUGGAGCCUUCGAAAGUCAUCUUGGCAUGGAUAUACCCUAA